AUACGCCUCUCUCUUGCGUUAUCAUUGGGUGUCUCCUUAGGGCUUAUCGUGGGCGCCGUCUUCGACUGCUAUCCGAUCAUCGUUGCUAUGACUGCCCAAACGCAAGAGGAACUCCUUGCCGCACAUCUUGAGCAGCAGAAGAUCGAUCUAGAUGAACCUGUAGUCGAGGAUGAUGAGGACGAUGUUGAUGAUGAGGAUGAUGAUGACAAGGAUGAUGAUGCUGAAGGACAAGCAGAUGAUGCCACUGGGAGAUCAAAGCAAAGCAGAAGUGAAAAAAAGAGCCGUAAAGCCAUGCUGAAGCUUGGAAUGAAGCCAAUUCCUGGUGUUACUCGUGUCACGGUGAAAAAGAGCAAAAAUAUAUUAUUUGUGAUAUCGAAGCCAGAUGUAUUCAAAAGUCCAACCUCAGACUCUUAUGUUAUAUUUGGAGAGGCAAAGAUUGAGGACCUGAGCUCACAACUCCAGACUCAGGCUGCAGAACAGUUCAAGGCACCUGAUCUGAGCCAUGUCAUCUCAAAGCCCGAGACUUCUGCAAUGGUUCAGGAUGAUGAAGAAGUCGAUGAGACUGGUGUUGAACCAAAGGACAUUGAACUGGUCAUGACCCAGGCUGGGGUUUCAAGGUCUAAGGCUGUUAAGGCACUCAAAGCUGCAGAAGGUGACAUAGUUACUGCAAUAAUGGAGCUUACUAAUUAAAGCUCAAGAAUUAAGCUGUUUGCUUUCCACUGUUUGUUUUUCCUGCCUUGUUGAGGAUACAACAGCUGAAUUUUAUCUAUAGAUUUUUCCACUCCUAGUGUUGUAUUAGUAGUAAAAACCCUCUGUGCUUCAGCCUGGUGGUUCUCUAUUAUUUGAGGAAUGCUUCAAUGUGAUGUGCUUUCAUGAACGUGAAUGUCUAAAACUGGUAUCAGCUGGAGGUUGUUUCA